UUUUGGAUAUAAGUGGAUAUCAAAUCCUGAAUUAUAUUAUUAAGUGGGAGUCUAGGGUUUUUGCAGGAAUUGGAGUUUGGAACUUCGAAGUUCAGCAUGACCCGCUUGAGCUCCAAGCAGAUAUUGCAGGAGAAUCAGACUGACGACCACAACGCAAUCUCUGCUCUUUCACUCAAUCACAAAGCUCUCUCCCAUAUUUCAUGCUUGGCUGACUUCAAGAACUUGGAGAGGCUCGAUCUUAGCUUUAACAAUCUUACAUCGCUCCAGGACUUGAAGUUAUGCGUCAAUUUGAAGUGGCUAUCAGUUUUACAAAACAAACUCCAAAGCUUGGAAGGAAUUGAAGAGCUUUCUAAGCUUACUGUGUUAAAUGCGGGCAAAAAUAAGCUUAGAUCAAUGGAUGAGGUUAGGUCUCUUGUAAGUCUACGUGCAUUAAUCUUGAAUGACAAUGAGAUUGGUUCCAUUUGCAGACUUGAUAGAAUGAAAGAUUUGAACACCCUUGUUCUUUCCAGAAAUCCAGUCCAUGAAAUUGGUGAGUCUUUGGUCAAGUUGAAAUCAAUCACAAAGCUUUCUCUCUCUAAAUGCCAAAUCCAAUCCAUUGGCUCUUCACUUAAGUCCUGCAUCGAAUUGAAAGAGCUUCGACUUGCUCACAAUGAUAUCAAGACACUCCCUGCUGAGUUGGCAUAUAAUACAAAGCUCCAGAAUCUGGACUUGGGAAACAAUUUAAUCACUAGUUGGUCAGAUCUGAAGGUGAUACGUUCACUGGUUAACCUGAAAAACUUCAAUUUACAAGGAAACCCCAUUGCUGAGAAGGAGAAGUUAGCAAAGAAGACAAAAAGGCUGCUGCCGAACUUGCAGAUAUUCAAUGCAAGACCUACAGAUAAAAUCACCAAGUAUGAGAAGGGUGACAAAGUUGAUGAUUUCCCACUUAAUGUUGCUACAGAGUUAGAAGUUAAAAAGAAAGAUAAAAGAGAUCAUGGCAGGGCAGAAAAGAACAAGCAUAAUUCGAUGACUGAAAGUGGACUUGCUCGUCUUGUUAACAGUGAUCUUGAUGUGGAGAAAGAACUGAAGAAGAAAAAGCGGAAGGCAAAUGAUGAAGCAAAGAAAAAAGUUCCAAUACUUAAGGAGGAUCACACAAUGGUUGAAAGGGAGUUAAAUAAAAAGGCAAGGAAGGUAGAGCGAGGUGGACUUAGUGCAAUUGAUGAUGGUGAAACUCCAUUCAUGGAACUUUUUGCUGCUGAAACUGCUGAAAACUCAAAAUAUAGUGUUGAAGACAGGACAGAUAAAGCUUUCCAAGACAGCAAUUCAGCUGGUGGCUCAGUUUCCUUCGGGGCUAAGAAAAAGAAAACUAAGAGGCGGGGCAUCAGUCCUUCAAUCCAGUGUUUAUCCCUGCCAGUUGAAGUUGGAUUGGGUGGGCCAUCAACAUGGGAUGAUGAGUAAUUGUAGCAUUAAGAAGCCAUGGAAAUGCACUGGGCUUCUAGAUUGCUUGAAAUCUAAGACAUGGGGAUGCAAGUUGGAUGGAGUUGAUAGCCUUCCUCAAUCAUAUAACCAAUGUAAUGAGUAUGAUUACCCCAAAAACUGUUGUAUUUUUAUGUUUCUGCUAACAUUAUAUUAGUACAAUCAGAGUUUUUACAUUAAUUUAAUGCUAGCAUAACAUGCAUAUUAGUACCUCCUGUGUCACAGAGGUCA